CGCCCAGUCACCUUCUCUGACUCCCUCUCACUUUGUACACACCCCCAGCAGGUGCUGUCCCUCCAAGUUAAAAGUUUGCAGUUGUGCUUUAGGCUGUGACUUUUGGGUUAAUUGUAAAAAAGCCUGGGAGGGUCGUCUGGGCUGGGGGCUCUGUGACUGUCCUCAGAAGGGCAAGCAGAUUAAAGGGUUGCCCUCUGCUCCUCCUGCUCUGUCUUCGGGUAGCGCCCGGGCCAAAAGUCAUCGCUCAUCCUGAACAGAACCAGAACUGAACCUCAUCUACCAUCAAACAGUCAAGUCUUCGCCUCUGGUCAUCAGAGCAUCUUCGCCACGCCAUGUCAAACUCAGUGGGAAGUUUACCAGAUGGGACAAUGUAUGGGCCCCGGAUUGGGAUGACAGAGGACUCCCUCGCCAUUCUGGAGCGAAACAGGGGCUCCGGGGACCCCUGGGACCUUGGGGAGACCAAACCAAACGUGGAGGCCCUGGAGCGUGGCAUGCCGGGCCUCUAUCACUCGUGCUUCGACAUGCUUCUUACAGAAGAUGCAACAUGGCUAGUGAAGGUUUCAGAGGCCUCCCAGAUGGUGCCCGCAUCCAUGACCCAUUUGGAACCACGGGAGGAACCAGAGCAGUGCCCUGUCAUCGACAGCCAGGAACAGGGCCUCUCUCCCGGGCUGGAGGGCCAGGAGGAGGAGCGGUCUCUGGAGCAGGUGCAGAGCAUGGUGGUGGGAGAAGUACUGAAGGACAUCGAAACAGCCUGCAAGCUUCUCAACAUCACCCCAGACCCUAUAGAGUGGAACACGGGGAACGUGCAGAAGUGGCUGCUGUGGACCGAACAUCUGUACAGGCUGCCCCACGCGGGGAAGUCCUUCCAGGAGCUAACGGGAAAGGACCUCUGUGCCAUGAGCGAGGAGGAGUUUCGCCAGCGUUCGCCGCAGUGUGGGGACACGCUGCACGCACACCUGGACAUAUGGAAGUCAGCCGCCUGGAUGAAAGAGAGAUGUUCAGCUGGAGACACCAAAACUGCAGGCAUUGAGGAGCUUUGGUCUGAGGCAGAUUCGUCCUGUUCUGGUCAGCCCAUUCAUCUGUGGCAGUUCCUCAGGGAGCUCCUGCUCAAACCUCACAACUAUGGACGCUGCAUCCGCUGGCUCAACAAAGAAAAAGGUAUUUUUAAGAUCGAAGACUCUGCUCACGUUGCGCGGCUGUGGGGACUCAGGAAGAAUCGACCGGCCAUGAACUAUGACAAACUGAGCCGCUCCAUACGUCAGUACUACAAGAAGGGCAUCAUCCGCAAGCCCGAUGUGUCCCAGAGACUGGUGUACCAGUUUGUUCACCAGGUGUGAGGCUGCAGCAGAGUGUGAGCAGACGGCAACCUACAAAAACCAAAUGGACACAAUUUCCCAUCAUGCACUUGAACGCUUGAGGUGACAGAGAACACGUGCACUGACCAACCCCAAUGGUUCACACUUCCCCCGGCAGCACUGACAAACUGCUGCUGCUUAUCUGUGCACGGGGCCGAGAGCAGGAGGCAAAACAAUGUGGAUGCUUUUUUCUUUCCUGCUGCAGAAUGAAACUGCCGCUGAUUAAAAAACCAGAGACGAACUUUAAUGCACUGCUUUUUCAUUUGCAAGAUCUGCCUGUUGAUUCAAUGUGAUUCUCAGUUAUCCUUCACUCAACAAACAGUCAGAAUUAAUGGCUCCUACCCACAAGUUUCAGGAAAACGCCCCAUCACUCAUUUGCUUUGUGUUUUUUUUAUUUGGCUCAUUUUGACCGUGUUUGAAUUGGAGCCAGUUUCUCUGCCACAGUUGAACGGGUUUGGUCCCGGUUGUUAAACAGUCAGCUCCCGUAACUCAUCAACCACAGAACAGUCAUGCUGUCUCUUCAUUAUCUUAUCUGAAGUGUGAAAAAAGGAUGCUUAAAAAAACUGUCUUGACUUUUUUCAUAAUGCCACUUCGAUUCUUUUUUCUUUUUCUGAUGCGAUACUUGGUGGUGAGGGAUCUAUUCCCUAAAUACUCUGAGGAGCCAUGCUUUAUAUCAUAUGGUUUAUUCUGCUGUGUAUUGCAUUUUACGUUAUGUAACAUUUAUCAUGGAGAAUCAAACUGCUUUAAAUAAAAUAAGUAGAAAUAAGAAUGAAUAAUAAAACAUGUACAAGC